ACUUUUGAAGACUACACGACAAAACCCUAUAUGUUGUUUUUUCUCCUCCGCUUUGUCUGAAUCUGACCGAAAAAGUAGAGCCUGAUCUGGACCAAGCCUAGAGAAACAUAGUCUCCUCAAAUUAUCAGAACCAGUCUUAUCUAAAAAUCAUUGAGCAUAUAAAAACGAGGGAAGAAAUCACUCGGAAGCUAAACGCUGAUCCUGAUAUCGGAGAAAGAUGGCGAGUAGCGAUUCUGAAUUCAACCCCGAUCUCCUUCUCGCUCACAAGCUUCCAGAGACGUGUUACACCUACAACGAAAGAGAUGUAGCAAUCUAUGCUUUGGGAGUAGGAGCUUGUGGCCAAGAUGCUGUUGAUUCCGAUGAGCUCAAGUUUGUCUAUCACGAGAAUGGCCAGGAACAUAUCCAGGUUCUACCAACUUUUGCUUCGCUGUUAACACUUGGGUCUCUGUCGAAUGGACUGGACUUGCCAGGUUUUAAGUAUGAUCCUAGUCUCCUGUUGCAUGGACAGCAGUACAUUGAAGUUUACAGGCCAUUACCUUCCAAGGCUUCUUUAAUUAACAAAGUAAGCCUAGCUGGACUGCAGGAUAAAGGUAAAGCAGCUAUCCUUGAAAUAGAAACCAGAAGUUACGAGAAAGAUUCAGAGGAACUGUUAUGCAUGAAUCGGACGACUGUUUUCUUACGAGGAGCUGGUGGUUUCUCAAAAUCAUCUCCGCCAUUUUCUUACAAAAACUAUCCAAGUAACCAGGGCUUAGCUGUGAAAAUCCCCCAAACACAACCGUCUGCAGUGUUGGAAGAGCGCACCCAACCAUCACAGGCAUUGCUCUAUAGGCUCUCUGGUGACUAUAAUCCUUUGCAUUCUGAUCCAAACGUUGCAAAACUUGCCGGAUUCCCACGCCCGAUAUUGCAUGGACUUUGUACGCUCGGGUUUGCAAUAAAGGCAAUCAUCAAGUGUAUAUGCAAGGGUGACCCAACUGCUGUCAAAACCAUAUCCGGAAGAUUCCUCGCGAGUGUUUUCCCUGGUGAAACUCUGAUAACCGAAUUGUGGCUCCAAGGCUUGAGGGUGAUAUAUCAGACGAAAGUGAAGGAAAGGAACAAGGCCGUGUUAUCUGGUUAUGUUGAUAUUCGUGGUCUGUCAUCCUCUCUUUAAAAGUUUCAUGUCCUUAAACUGUCCAUCUAAAGGUCUGGCAUACAGUUACAUUUUAGACUCUUGACGUUUGCUUGUUGGAAACAGCCAUAAAUAAUAGUACCUUUUUCAUUUUAGAA